AUGUCCAAACAAUUUGCUAGGAUAUUAAAGCAUCAUGGUAUUACUACGGUUUUUGGAAUUGUAGGUAUACCGGUGGUGGAAAUUGCUGAACAGUUACAAGAUGAAAAUAUUAAUUUCAUUUCCAUGAGAAAUGAACAAAGUUCUUCAUAUGCAGCUUCGAUCUAUUCUUAUCUAGAUAAUUACUACAACAAUAGCAAUGGCGGCAAUUCACAGAAGAAACCUGCUGUUUUAUUGGUAGUGGGUGGCCCAGGGAUUAUCCAUGCAUUGGCGGGCAUUUACAACUCAAUAAUGAACAAGUUCCCUCUAUUAGUCAUUGCAGGCACUGUUGCAAAAGAUGAAGAAUACAAGAUGGGGUUCCAAGAAAUGGAUCAUUUAUCAAUGUUACAAGGGUUCGAUUUGAAAUUCAAGGGUAAUUUGACUUGGGAAAAUAUGGAACGAAUCACUUAUUUAGCUAUCAAGAAUUGUUGUAAUGGUAAUAAUAACGGCGUUUCAUUCUUGAAUUUCCCUGCAGAUUUGAUCCAAGAUACGAGGGUGAAAGAUUUGGAAUUGACUCAUUGUCAUAACCAUAUUUUACAAAUGGGUCCCGAUCCAAAUCAAAUCGAUCGUAUUGUCAAAUUUCUAACUAAAUCUUCAUCUUUGCAAACUCUUUUAAUUAUCGGUAAAGGUGCUAUUAAUACUGAUAUUACCAAAAUCAAUGAAUUUGUCAAUAAAUUUCAACUACCGUUCUUACCAACCCCCAUGGCAAAGGGUAUCGUGCCAGAUUCUCAUCCUUUAAACGUUUCUGUUGCCAGAUCAUUUGCUUUAAAGAAUAGUGAUAUUAUAAUAGUGAUUGGUGCUCGUUUAAAUUGGAUCCUUCAUUUUGGUUCAUUUGGUAAAACAAAAUUUAAACCUGGUUGUCAAUUCAUUCAAAUUGAUAACGAUUCAGAAGUCCUAGGUUGGAAUAAUAAUCAAGGGAAUGAAAAUUGUUUAUUAUCGGACAUUGGACUCGCAUUAGAUUCGAUUUCGCAAAAGUUACCCUUGGGGUUCAAAUUUUCCAAAGAGAAGCAAGAGGAUAAUAAAUUAUCAAAUGAAAUUCAAAAAAUUAUUGAAAAUAAUACAAACAAAUUACGAUUAAAACAAAGAUAUGACCACAAUAAUGGCGCCCCCUCUUAUGAACAAGUAUAUUAUAAAUUAAACCAAGUCAUUAAUGACAAACAAACAAUCUUAGUCACUGAAGGUGCAAAUACAAUGGAUAUUGCAAGAAUUUGUUUCCAAACAGAUUACCCAUUACAUAGAUUAGAUUGUGGUACUAAUGCCACUAUGGGUAUUGGGAUAGGUUAUGCUAUUGCCUCUAAAUUGGCAGUCCCUGAUAAAUUAACUGUUUUAAUCCAAGGUGAUUCUGCAUUUGGAUUUUCAGGAAUGGAAUUAGAAACAAUAUCAAGAUUUAAAUUAGGGAUAGUCGUUAUUAUUAUGAAUAAUAGUGGUAUUUAUCAUGGGAAUGAAAAGUUUAAUCCAAUGGAACCUUAUUCAAAUAAAGUCACCGAUUUAACUUAUAAUUGUAGAUAUGAUAUAAUGGCUCAGGGAUUGGGUUGUAAUGGAUAUCUUGUAAAAGAUUUAAAUCAAUUACAAUCAGUAUUCCAUCAUGCAAGUACGUUAGCUAUGGAAAAAAAUCAAUGUAGCGUCAUUAAUAUGAUAAUAUCUCCGGGAAAACAAGGGAAAUUGGAAUUUGCUUGGCAAAACAAGGGUAAACAAUUAAAUACCAAACUUUGA